AUGGAUGUUCGUCGACCUAUAAGGGAGGCAGUCAACAACAGGAGGAAACCAAAAUUUUUGAGCGUUUCGUUUAACCAAGAUGAUUCGUGUUUCAGCGUGGCGUUAGAGAAUGGAUUUCGUAUUUUCAAUACAGAUCCAUUGACUAGUAAGCUAUCGAAAACAUUUAAAGAGUCUGCGACCAACCAAUCCAGGGGCACUGGGAUUGGCUAUACCAGGAUGCUUUAUCGUACGAAUUACAUCGCACUAGUCGGAGGUGGUAAACGACCAAGGCAUGCUCUAAAUAAACUGAUCAUCUGGGAUGAUCUUUUGCAAAAGGAAACGAUUACUUUGAAGUUUAUGUCUUCCAUUAAAGACGUGUUUUUAUCUAGGAUUCAUAUUGUGGUAGUCCUGGAGAACACAAUAGAGAUCUUCCAAUUUCAAACCAAUCCUCAAAGAAUUUGUCCUAUUUUGGAUAUCCCUCCCAAUGGAUCAGUGGACUAUGUCGUUUGUAGCAGCAAACAUCUCCAGUCGCAAGCAUCGCAGUCACAGUCUAAAAUCUUAGAAAUCAUUGCAUUCCCAUCGAAUAAAUGCGUAGGCCAAAUUCAAGUAGCCGACCUAUCACAAAUAAAAUAUAAUUCACAAAACCCGAAGGAAUCAGCGCUUUUGCCCACUUCCAUCAUUAAAGCACAUAAAAAUCCCAUCAAACUGGUUAGACUGAACCGUCAAGGCACCAUGGUAGCAACAUGUUCCGUCCAGGGUACACUUAUAAGAAUCUUCAGUACGCAUAACGGUACUUUAAUCAAAGAAUUUAGAAGAGGGGUGGACAAGGCGGAUAUUUACGAGAUGAGUUUCAGCCCCAAUGGUAGUAAGUUGGCCGUAUUGUCAAAUAAGCAAACAUUGCAUAUUUUCCAAAUUUUUGAAACAACCAAUACAGAAACGAAUACACCAGACCACUCUCGUGCCAAUGGUUCGAGCCAUCCCUUGAAAAAUUAUAUACCGAAGGGCCUAUGGAGGCCCAAGUAUUUGGACUCUGUGUGGUCGAUAUGCAAUGCUCACUUAAAGAACCCAAUCUUUGACGCUCACAGAAAUGACAACAGUGGUGAUGUAACUCACGAUAACGAGUUCUAUAAAGACAGAUGUAGAAUUGGCUGGUGUCAAGACUCUAAUAAUAGAGAACAAGACGAUUCGUUGGUUCUGGUGUGGCAAAAUUCUGGGAUAUGGGAGAAAUUUGUUAUUUUGGAGAAGGAACAACAAGAUUCAUCGAAAACGCAUUAUUCAUUGAAUGAAAGCUUGAGGAACGAAGAUACGAAAUCAGCGGGUGAGCCCACCAGAUGGGAGUUGGUGAGAGAAUCAUGGAGAGAGCUUUAA